AUGUCCGCUACGACCACGACGCUCACGUCCACCACUCUUGUCGGAGCGCCCUCCGCGAUGACGCAUGUCACGACUCUCUCAGAAAAGCAGUGUCCAACAUGCGGAGGAUAUGAAUCGCAUGAUGCCGCGGAGUCUCACCGUCGGAUCCAGGAGUUGGAGGGGCACAUCCAGGAGUUGACCGAGCGUGCUGCAAUUACCGCCGGCAAGCUCGCCGACUACGAAGACGAACUGCACCGACUGCGCUCGGCGCAACCCGCCUACGAUACCCCCCGCAACAGCGCAUCGCGGCCGCCCUCGUCCUCGCACGGCGAACGAACCCUCGCCCCGAGCACUCUCCCCGUAUCCUCGCCCUCUGCCUCGUCCCAGACCUCCACGCAAACCCAUCACAGCCGUCUCUCAACCCUCACCUCGCUCCUCCCCUACCGCCGCGGCAGCGCCAACCCAGCAACAUCGCAGACCGUACUUGCACCCACCACCCCCACCGCCCCGAUCCACCCAGCCCAGCCGCAGUCCUCCCCCGCAAGCAGUGACAACACCUCUGAGCUGCAGGAUGCGCUGACCCGUGAGCAGGGCCUGCGCAAAGCCGCCGAGACGCAGCUGUCGCAGGCCAGCACGGAGCUGGAGGAGCUGACGGUGCAGUUGUUCAGCCAGGCCAACGAGAUGGUCGCGCAGGAGCGCAAGGCCCGUGCUAAGCUGGAAGAGCGGGUGGCCGUGCUCGAGCGGCGUGACAUUGAGAAGCGCAGCCGGCUGGAGAGGCUGGAGAAGUCGAUGGCGCGGGUGGAGCGGCUGAAGGCGCUGGUGAAUUCAUAG